GCUCGAAUCGCACCGUUGAUCGAGACCCAAUCCCAAACCCCUCAAACCCCACCUCAUCCAACCGUUGGAUCAACAAAGUCAUAUCAACCCUAUUCGUUCAUUCUCCGUCCCUCGAUGCCCUUUCAAGAUUCUUCAUUGGAGCAUUAACCCCUUCAGUGGCUCACGCUGUUAUCAGACGCUUGGGCAGCAGAAACUCCAAGCUAGCCCUUGACUUCUUUGAAUUUACAAAAUCGACCCUUGGGCUCAGGCACUCUGUCGGGACCUAUAGCUGUUUGAUAAGAGUCCUCUGCGAAACAGGCCUCCACAAAGUGGCAAAAUCAGUUCUUGAUUGCAUGAUGAUCAACGGGCAUUCAGCCGACAACUCACUUCUUGGGGACUUGGUAUCUGCCCACGCAUUAGCAGGCGACGUAGAUCGGGCAUUCAAGGUUUUUAGCGAAAUUGGCAGUUUUGAUUGUUGCGCAGACAUUGUUACGUAUAACACUCUUGUGAACGGAUUAUGCCAGUCCAGCCAUCAGGCAGACGCUGUCAAAUCUGGAACAUUGGUUGACUUCUUUGAUGAGCUGGCCAAUUGGUUGACCAGACUGGACUGGCCUAAUUUUGGGUUCAUGGCGUACACACUGGUCCCACCAGGUGAACAACCUGGAUCUCAUGCACUCAUAGGCACCAUGAUUUGAAAUAGCAAUUUUGCGAGGUGUCCGGACAUUUCUCUUGUUAUUUUUUAUGGUUUUCCUGACUGGCAUUAUUCUCUCCCUUGAUUGCAUUUCGC